AUGAAAUUGGUAUUUAGCACACUUCUCAUUUUGGCAGCAAUCGCCAUUGUUUCAGCACAAAAUUGUAAAUUGAGUGCUGGCGGUAAAAAUUAUGAUUUCUCUAAGUUAGCAAAUUCUACAUCAUGGUCAGUCCAAGAUGCUUCUAAAGCCACAUACUUUUUCAAUAUUUGUCAAACUGCCUCCAAAUGUACAACUAUUAACCCACAAUGUUCUUCAUGUCAACAAGGACCAACUGACACACAACCAAAAGCUGAUUGUGGUCACACCAACGCUAUUGUCAAAGCUCUCAGCAAUGGUGUUGCUGGUGGUGUUAUUACAUACACUGGUGGUAGCACAUGUAAAUCAGGUACCAUUGUCAGAAGUACUGAAAUUCAAAUGAUGUGUACCAAUGGUGCAACUCAAAUUUUAAGUGCCACUGAGGUUUCCACCUGUACAUACACCAUCAAGCUCAACAGUAAUUUGGCUUGUGCAACCGGUUCUUCAACUGGUUCAACCACUGGAAAAUCAACUACCUCUGGUUCUGGUACAACCUCUGGUUCUGGUACCGAUGGUAGCAGCGCUGAGCCAUCCAAGAAGAAGGGUGGAAUCGGUGGAGGUUGGAUCUUUGUCAUCAUUCUCCUUGUUUCAGCCACAGUCUACAUUGCAGUUGGUAUUAUCAUCAACUUUAAGGUUCGUGGAUUACGUGGAGCUGAGAUGUUCCCCAAUCACUCAUUCUGGGUUGAGUUCCCAGGUUUGAUGAAGGACGGUGUAUUGUUCAUCAAAGGAAAGGUCACUGGUUCUGGUGGACAAUCAAGUUAUCAACAAGUCUAA